UAUAAUAUUGGGCGGAGUUAGAUUUAAAGAUAGGUGUGGUCUACCCUAGAUUAAAAAUGGCCGCAUUGUGCAAUGCUGAAGAACAAGCCGGAGAGCAAUCAAUGAAAGAUUCAAAGAGGGACUCACUGGUUGUUGUUGGUGUUUUAUGUAUUCAGGGAGCAUUCAUAGAACAUAUUAAAAAGCUGAAAGAAAUUAGAGAUAAUGAAGCUCUGUCUUUGGAGAUAAGAGAGAUCAGGAAACCAUCUGAUAUGAAGGAUUUAGAUGGUUUGAUCAUUCCUGGUGGAGAGAGCACAACUCUCAGCGUUUUCCUGGCUCAGAAUGGUUUUACUGACGUUAUAAAAAAAUGGAUAUCUGGACAUGGAGUAGUUUGGGGUACGUGUGCUGGUCUAAUUCUACUGGCUGAUGAUUUACAGGGUCAAAAGGAAGGUGGACAGACUGUGAUUGGAGGUCUGCCUGUUCAGUCCAGAAGGAAUCUAUUUGGGCGUCAAAGAGACAGUUUUGAAGGUUUAGUCCACAUUAAUGAAGCUCAACAGCUACAAAGCAAUGGUCCACCAACAUGCCAUGGAAUAUUCAUUAGAGCUCCAGGAAUUAGUAAAGUUUUAUCUCCUGAUGUUAAAGUACUUGGUUAUUUGUCUGAUCAGGAGACUGUUGUAGCUGUUGAAUAUCAAAACAUCAUCGCAACAUGUUUUCAUCCUGAGUUAACUAAUGAUUUACGAUGGCAUCAAUAUUUUUUAAAACAUGUUGUUAGACAAAAAAAUAAUAGUAGUGCUAAAUAAAAUACACUGAACUUUUAAUGUUUAUUUAUUGUUUGGAUUUAUUUAUUGUUUGGAUGUAAAAUUGCAUUUGAGCGAAUUUGUGAUUGCACCAAUCUAUUUUCCAUGACUUUUAA